CGGUGAAAUUUUUUCUCCUCCAUGCCUCUGUACAACCUUUCGCGCGCAGCCAUCAUCGCAGUGUGUGCAGUGCAGUGCUGCGGGCCUGCAGAUUCUCUGCAGCGGAGAGAAUAGCGAAGUCGUCGUCGUCGUCGUCGUCGUCGUCGUCGUAGUUGUAGUGCCGUGUUUUAUAUUUAGGAAUUAUAAUAUAUAUAAAAAGUGGCUGCUCUGUCUGUCGUGCACACGCGAAUCUUUGCUAUGUGCGCGUAAUACGAACAAAUAUACUAUAUAUUAUAAAUAACAUUUUACGCAUUAUCGAAUGCUCUGUGCUGCUGCUGCGAGUGUGUUCGUGAGUGUCAUGUUUGUGUGUGUGUCGCGCGUGUGUCGUCGAGUCGUCGCUAAUGUUGUAUCCCAGAAACAGGCUCUCGCACGCUGAGAGCUAGAGCUUCUGCUGUUGCUGGUUCUGCUCAUGAGCAAACAUUGCGCACUCGGACUUUCGCGCUCGAUGCCCGUAUCCAGGUGCAGAACGAAAGUGCAUACGAACAAUUAUAUAUUUAGGUGAAGAAGGAAAGAAAGUCCGAUUAAUAGAGAGAGAAGGAAAAAAAACGAAGCAGUAAUGAGCUAACAAGGACGGUAGCUUAUUAUUGUUGACGGCGCGCACGCACACGAUCGACGACGACGAUGAUGCUGCUGCUGCCGCGAAUGCUGCUACUGCUCAUGCUGACAGAGAUGCCCGUGUCGAGCCAUCAAUACCAAAGCACGAGCCAUUAUCGACACUGCGGCUCGUAGUAAUCGCGACGUUUUUAUUUUUUUUUUCUUAUGCAUAACUCUGUCCUACGUUUAACACAUAAUAAUAAUUCAACACAUAAAUAAAUCGAUUCGUGAGUCAAGAAGUAAGACAUCUACGCUACGCUGCUCCGAUUUUUUUGUAAAAUCGUAUACAACACGAGAGUCAAUACGCCGUUCGGACAACACAAUAACGUUGACUUGUCAAGGAUAUAGCUGUACACCACUCUUGCCUUGCAAUACCAAUAUUCUCAAAAGCAAGGACUUUUUGCCCUGUUCAGUCUCACCUUGUAUGUUGUUGCCAAUCUUUAUGGAUUCCUGUGCUUUGAUUUUUACACCAGAUAUCAUUGCUGAUGACCUCUAUAACAUAUGUAAUUAAUUUCAUCAUGAUAUUCAUCCAUCCAGCUACUGUCCCAUGAUGCUAGUUUCAUUAUAUAAUCAUACAUUUGAGAUCAAAGCACUACCAGUAGUAAAACUUUGCUCAAAGUAUUCAAGCUACAGACCAAGCCAAAAACUCACAGAGUCAAAAGGCAAAACAUAAAAUAAAUAAUUUUGAUACAGUGGAGAGAGAUACAAGAAGACGUUACCUUUAUAAUCUAAAAGUUGUUUUGGAAUUUCUGGAACAAUUUGAAGAUUAUAGAGAUAAAAGUAGCUUGCAAGCAAAAACAUCUUUAAAAAAAUGAGUAAUAACCAUGGUGAGGAUGCAGAGUCAAAGUGGACCUGUGAAUACUGUACAUAUAAAAACUAUCCUUCAUCAAUGAAAUGCACCAUGUGCAGGGGUGUCAAACCUUUAUUUGGAGAAGACAUUUACCGGCUCAGGGAACCAAGUCCACAACGCUGUGGUUCUAAUGCAGCUUCUGGUCCAGUCAUAACACUACCAGAAACUGAAUCCUAUAAUUUAGGUCAUGAAAACUACAGCCAGAACGUUCCUUCAGCUGGUAAAUGGUAUUGCGAGGUAUGCACAUAUUUAAAUUAUCAAAACACAACGCGUUGCGUUCAAUGCUCCGAGUCUCGACCGCAAAUGACUCCAAAACACAAUCGGCAAUCGACUGCGUCACAUCUGCACGAGUCUUUAGAGCCAUUGAGGCUCGGAGAUCCACCUCCGCAGCCGAAUUCAGCUAACACAAGCCCAAAAAAUCAAAAUAAUCAGCAACAGCAGCUCAACCCAGAAGGGCAAUUGGUAGAGAAAUGGUCUUGCUCAGAGUGUACGUACGAAAAUUGGCCUAGGUCAACAAAAUGUAUUAUGUGUGGUCAUCAGCGAGAACGUCACAAUGUGCAGUCGCAACAACAAGAGCGAAAUAACGCGAGCAAUCUUAUUCUGCCGAGUCCCGAAUAUCACGAAGUACGGGGCUUGCCCUCGCCACCACAUACGCCUUACAUUCAUCAAGCCCAAAAGGACGAAAAUGCUAGUGCAAGGCGGAGUUCGUUGCGAUCCGAUAGUCGUAACGAACUUAUUCCACAGUCACCGAACAAUUACGAUCACGAACGCAGGCUGAAGCAAAUGAAAAAACACAUCGACUGGUGCUGGUUAAACGCGUGUUUGGGAGUCGUCGACGACGACAGUACACCGGUGGUAACUUACUUGGCCAGCGGGGGAGAUCCGAGGCGUUCAUUAACGCAUUCCGAGGUUUUGCUACUCAAUCGAAGCAGUGCUUUUGAUGUGGGACACACACUAGUUCAUUUAGCUAUUAGAUUUAAGAGAGAAGAUAUUUUAGCAACACUCUUAGCACAAAUCGAAAGCUCCGGUACCGGACCCAAACGAGUUCCAAGUUACGUCGCUCCCGAUCUAGCUGCUCAGAUCAGAAGACACGUCACGAACAGUUUACGAAUCAGAAAAGGACCAUUUCAGUGCUAUUUUGUAACUGAGAUGCCAACUUUUGCCCUUCCUGCUGAGAUCGAAGAACUUCCUGCCGUGGUUCAAGAGCAAUUGCUAGAAGAGCUACUGGACCGCGAAGCGCAGAACCAACUCGAAGGCGCAGGCAAUGAGCCCGCGGCUUUGAACUGGUCAUUAGAAAUAACGGAACGUCUUGGUAGCCGGUUGCACGCACUCUGGAAUCGCUCGGCUGGCGACUGCCUGCUCGACUCAGCGAUGCAAGCCACUUGGGGUGUCUUUGAUCGCGAUAACGCACUGAGACGGGCGCUGGCUGACAGUCUUCAGCAAGCUGGUACACUUUUUUAUCCUCGUUGGAGAGAGUAUGAAGCAUCGCAGGCUUCCUUACUAUUAGAUUUUACUCUCGAAGAGACCCAAUGGCAGGAUGAUUGGGAGAACCUAUUAUCCACUGCUGCUCAACCAGGGAGUGCGCUUGAGCAGUUGCACGUUUUCGUUCUGGCUCACAUACUGCGACGACCAAUCAUCGUUUACGGCGUCAAAUACGUAAAGAGUUUUCGCGGCGAAGAUAUCGGUUACGCAAGAUUCGAAGGCGUUUACCUGCCACUUUUUUGGGACUCAACGUUUUGCCAUCGUUCGCCCAUAGCCUUGGGUUACACCCGUGGCCAUUUCUCAGCCCUCGUGCCCAUCGAGCCGUACUCGUCUCGCAUUCCGGCGCUUGCGAGUAACGUUACUGGAAGCAACAGUCCAGUGACGCAGCUUCAAACGACCUUUAUGCCUCUGAUGGAUCGUGAGCGCAAGCUCCUGCCCAUACAUUUUCUCAUUCAAUCCGAGCUAGGUCGCGAGGAGGCUAUUUUGAAGCAGUGGAUGGACGUGUGCACGACCGAAGGCGGUAUUCUCGUUGCUCAGCAAAAAUUGCACAAAAGACCAUUGCUGGUUGGUCAGAUGGUCGAGGAAUGGCUGAACCAUUAUCGAAGACUUGCACAAAUGAAUGAGGCACCUUUUUCGAGGACCUUGACUUUGCAGGACUACAGUAGUGAUGGCGAUACCGAAGACGAGUAGCAUUAUUUUCCAAAGUGCAGCAAAACUAAAACAAAAAAUUAGCAAUCAUUGAAAGCUUGUAAAGAUUUCCCACAAAUGAAUGUAUAUCUAUAUAUUUCUACGAUGUGAAGAACUAUUUAAUGUCUGUGGAUGAGUAAUUUAAGAUUUGAGUGAUUAGGAUGUAUUAUAUUAUUACCUCAGUCGCGGAAAGUAGAGAAAUCGAACAAUUGGCAUAGUUCCUGUAUAAAUUGCCAAAUAUAAAAGCGCGUCUGAGGUUUGUUGCAAUGACAAAAAAUGAAUAUGUAAGUAAGAGAAAGUUCAAGUCUAACUUCUAGACUAAAGUUUAAAAUAACUACACAAGUAUUUUCAUUGUUGCUUUUUCUUUUUUUUCAAUCAUGAAUUAACAUGUAUCUAAGCGUAUACUACAAAUAUGUAUGUACUUUUGAGAUAUCGCCAAAAUUUUAAAUGUAAAUUACGGUUUAAAACAAGGAAUGUCUUUUUUGAUACAUUGAAAAAAUGUUAUUCGACCUUAGCAGAUACACAUCUAUAACUGCAAAGUUGUUAAUAUUGCAAAGAGAAACGAAUAUAUAUAUUUUUACAGUUCACACAGGUAGGUAUUUGCGAGCCUUUAUGUACCAAAAUGAUUUUCCUCAACAAUAAUUACUAUGUACCUUUAAAGAAUCAUGUUUGCUUACGAUUCUGUAACCAUUUUUUUUCAAAAAGACUCAAACGUAAUCAUAAUAGUUAUGACACUACAUAAAGGAAAAAUCGAACGUAAUUUUUAAAGUAUAAGAUUAUAAUUUUCUCGAAAAUCGAUUUUAAAUAACGAAUUUCCAAAAGAUUUGUUGUGUAUAUUAUAUAUAUCUAAGGGAUAGUAAUAAUUAUUUAGACAAAACCCUGCGCGAUUUUAUCGUAACAGGCACAGGAGAAUACGUAAUUCUUGUGAGUGAAUGAAAAACGAUGAAAAUAGUAUAUUGAAAUGUAUAUCUUCAUUUAUGCUUUAUAUAGUAUAGACGAAUUUCAAAUUAAACAAAUAAUAGUCUUAUGUAAAGUGAUAAAUAAUUAUUAGAUAAAAGGUUGGGGAUAAUAGAAAUAGUAAUUCACUUGUAAAAAUACACGGGUGCUGUUAUGGAUUACAUUGUAAAAGAAACAUUAGAGAAAAAACGAUCGAAGUAUUGUAGAGCGUGAUAGGUUAUAUUCUCGUAUAAUAUCGUACGCCAAACGAGAAUUUUAUUGCAUGUACAUUAAUACUUGAAAAUGCACGACUCGCAUCGUUGAAAAAAAACUUAAAGUCUGUGACUAAUGUAAAAUCAAAGAGACAUUUACCGUUGUUGAAUCGAUAUUACUAAAUUUCAGCUUAGUAUGUAAUUUAUAUAUAGUGGCUUGGAAAGUGAUUGCCGAUGUCGUGGAUAAAUUUUUAUCGUAGUACAAUUACAAUAAUACUUCAACAUCACAUAAUAGAGUUUUUAGCGCUAUUGCUUUUUUCAGUUCAAUUAUCGUAACGAAGUAAUAUAUUGUUAAUUUACAUACUAUUUUGACCGGGAUAAAUGCCAAAUUUUAUUUUAAGAAUAAAUGUGAUUAGUAUCGAUUUAUCCUACUGACAAUUUUUUUUACGUCCAUUCGUUUGAUCUUUAAAUGCUUUCUAUUAUUUCUCUUUGAAUUGAUUUUUCAAACAAACUCUUCUUGUUAAAAUAAUAUCAAAAGC